UGAAAACUACCCUCAUAAAAUACUAUGUAAAACUGUCGAGAAAUAAUGUAACGUUUAUUUUUUCAUAAACAAAACAUAAAAAAUUGGAAUGAUUGCUCACGCGUUUACAUUAAUGUAAUGACAAAUAAUUCCCUCUGUUAUACUUUCGAUAGUGAAAGUAGUGUCGUGUUAAGUUAUUAGAUAAAACGAUGCAAUGACUCAAAGUACAUCAAGCAACGAAAAACUUCAUAACGGAGUCCGCACUGUCAGCGAGGAAAAACUUAUGGUCGUAGUUCGUGUGCGGCCAUUGCGGAAUGAUGAGGGCCCACGGAUCGUACAUGUUGUCAGUGAUAAGAUGUUGGUGCUAGAGGAAGAGGCUGACAGCCGACGCGAUGUUCUCCGUCAACGCAGAGUCAAUGACAAGCAUUACAUAUACGACAAAGUCUUUGGCGAAGAAAGUACACAGGAAGAGGUAUACGAGACAGUUUGUGCCCCGUUGGUGGCUGACGCGCUACGCGGGAUAGCGGGCGCGGUGUUCGCGUACGGCGCGACUGGAGCCGGCAAGACCUACACCAUGACGGGGCUCAUGGCGCGCGCUCUCUCACAUCUCUUCGAGUCCAUCGCUGAUAGUGACGACCCUGAUGCUUAUGAGGUAAAGAUGUCGUAUAUUGAAAUCUACAAUGAGAAUAUCCGCGACCUGCUCAAUCCGGGGGCUGGGCCUCUGGAACUUCGCGACGAGGGCGGCAAUGGAGCACCCGUCGUCGCAGGACUUAGUGAGGUGCGUGCAUUAGGCGCAGCUCACGUAGCUGAGCUGCUGACGCGUGGUGACCGCGCACGCACCGCGGAGCCGACGCACGCCAACCAACACUCUUCAAGAGGCCACGCCUUGCUGAGCGUUUCAGUGAGUAAAAAGGUGGAAGGUAGCAUACAGCGCGGACGUCUGUUCCUCAUCGACCUGGCCGGCUCGGAGAGAGCAGGACUGCGCUCUAGAAGACUGGAAGGUGCUCAUAUAAAUAGAUCUCUACUGGCUCUGGGAAACUGUAUCAUGGCGCUUUCAGGUGGAGCUAGAUACGUGAACUACCGCGACUCGAAGCUGACGCGGCUGCUGCGCGAGGUGCUGGGCGGGCGCUGCCGCACGGUGAUGGUGGCGCACGCGGCGGCCGGCGGCGCGCACCGCGACACCACGCGCUCCACACUGCACUACGCACAGCGCGCUGCAACCAUCACCAAUAGAGUGGAGCGUGAAAUAGUGGAGACUCCAAUGCAUUUGUCACAAUACCGGACGGUCAUCAACGAGCUGCGAGAGGAAAUAGCUCGUUUAAAAUUCAAGAUGAAAGAUGAUCGAUCGAGUAGGAGUAAGGAAGAACAGAAGAUGGAUGGGAAUGAAGUGAAUGACGAAGAGCCAGCGAGUGCGUCACACUUGAAAUCGUUACGUGAAGCUAUCGUGUCAACGUUCAAGCAACAGAUGAGGCUGAGGCGACGUCUCAUGGAAUUGGACAGUCACUUGCUUGGCUUGGCGCUGGACGCCGAGCGCCAGCACGCCGCCAUCUCCCACUGGGAGGCGAGGUUCAACAGGCUCUACAAGCCCGUCAGUAUCGGCACCAGGCUCAGCACUCAGCAAAGUUACAGGGGUGGUACGGGCGCGUCCGUAUCAUCCAGCGUGUCUAGUGUGGGGGAGCGCGCGGAGGCGGAGGUUGCUGUAGAGCAGGCGUGGGCGGAGCUCGCGGCCGUGGAGCGCGAGCAGGAGGCCGCCCGCAGCGAGCGAGCGCGUGUCGAGCGACAGCUAGAACAAGUGCGCCUACGAGGAGCACAACUGGAACAGGAGUUGCCGGCUCACAUCGGGAACGGUCCGGAGCGGGAGGUGCUGGCGCUGGUGUGCCGCGUGCACGAGCUGGAGGCGGACAAGCUGGCGCUGCAGGGCGAGAGGGCGGCGCGCGCGCACGACCUGCGCCGCCGCGACCUCGCGCUGCAGCGACGUGAUGCCCAGCGGCGACUCACUGACGAGAUCAUUACCAGGCAACGACGCGCUCUCGAAGAAGUGGGCGUGGGCAUCCAGCCGGAGCUGGCGCAGCUGUACGAGCUGUACCAGCAAGAGAUCCACGCCUCCACCUACACAGAGACCAACGAUAUCUACACGCCGCCAUACCUGUUGCCGCCCAUCUCCGCCAGUAUGUCUGAGCUGGGCUGGUCAGGCAGUUCAAGUGGGUCCGCACGUGGCUCUAGUUCGGGCUCCGGAGGCACCAUAGCGUUAGAAGCGCGUCUGCCGCGACUUGCUCCCACACCGCGUCCGCGGACUAAGUACAGUAAUGCUAGUGCAUCGACAUUAAAGCGAUACGCGAGCGAUGACAGCCUGGUUAUCGCGGCACCUCGUCGAAGUGAAGCCGCACCUUGAACGAGUCUUUCGAAUAUGAGAUAUGGAUUAAAAAUUGAGAACACUAGUUCCUUGAAACCCACAAUUUAAGGUCAG